AUGGCAGUCACAUGUUCAAGCCACACGUUCGAGGACGACAAAAGCUUCAGACGACUCUCAUGGUCUUGGGCAAAGGCGUAUGAUAAGAAGGACUGGGUGCUGCUGCGAUCAAUCUGUACGCCAAACGUACAGUGGCUCUACAGCGAUCUCAAUCCGGCAUUUGAGGAUAAGCAAUUGACGGCAGAAGAAUACGUUGCCGAGAUGAGUGCACAGCACGGUCUAGGCGACUCCCGAAUCACUACGCAACAUCUUCUAGGGGCUGUGGUGUUUGAAGAGACCGAAUUUGAUGGUACAUAUUACAUAACUGGUGACUGGCAAAUCCAGGCCUCGCAUCGUCGUGUCUUAGCCGACGGGGAGAUCAGAGUCUGGAAUGGUUUCAGCUAUGUCAAGCAUUAUUAUGCUCGAGAUGCAGAUGGAGAAUGGAAACUGAGUGGCAUACAGCCUCAUGAUGUGCUGAUGCAAGAUGGUCAUCCUGGCCUGGUUUUGGGCGCAUUCUAA